AUGUUAAGAUUAGAAAAUUUUUGGGAAGAUGAAUGUCAACAACCAUUGUUGCGUUUGGAUCGUGGUUUCAUCAAAGAAGAAGGUGUCGAUAAGAUUAUAGAGAGAAUGGGAAAAUGGAGAGAACUCAUUGGAAUUAAAGACAGUGAAAUUACACCAGUUGUCUAUGGAACUGAAGAACCACAACGUAUCUUUGUUCUCGAUGCCGAAAGAACAUUCCAAAACAUUGAUAGUAAAGCAAAAUUAGUUAGAAUCUUAAACUAUUUAAAUAAACAAUUUGGAGAUUAUCAACAAGGUCUUUCAUAUGUAGCUAGCUUUUUGAUGCUGGGUAUGGACGAGCAUCAAGCAAUUGUAACACUUGAAGAGAUCAAUAAAAUGUUGCCAGGCUAUUGGAAGCAUGAAGCAACCAAUUUCGGUAUUGAAGCAUUUACAUUCUAUCAUAUAUUGGGUGAUUUCCAUCCAGAGGUGAAGGCACAUCUCACCAAGCACUUGAUUGACCCAGCAACUUUUUGUCAACGUUGGUUCUCGGGAUUGUGUGUCCACUGUCUGCCAUUCCGUCAAUUGUUCCGUUUCUACGACCAGUUCUUUGAGAACGGUCGUGAGUUCUUGUUGCGCUUCGGUAUCUCGCUGAUGGGUGUCUUCUCGAAACAGCUCUUGGCAGCAAACAGUUACAAUCAGUUGUACAGUCUCUUGGUGUUGGACUACAAGGUUGUAGAGAUCAGCGAGGACCAAUACAACGCUAUUUUCGACGAAGCAUCAAACUAUGACAUCUCCAAGUACGAUCUACCAACCAUUCGCCAGGAGCAGUUUGAUAAACACUUGAAAGCACGUUUCGAAUCAUCGGCAAAGGCACUUCAAGAGGUUGAAGCGAUCGACGACUGUCAAUGGUGUCUCGACAACCUUCCAGAACUCUAUUGUAUCGAUUGUGCUGUUGUCAUCUGCCAAGACUGUGUAGACGACGGUAAAGGUGACGAACACAAUCACACAGACGAACAUAAAGUCAUCACACUCGAAGAAUAUGAAGAUCGUCAAGCAGAACUCAAAAAGAAAAAGACCGACGAUGAUAUCACAGCUAAAUUGUCAAACUUAUCAAUUUAA